AUGUUUCAUUUAGCCCCAGUUGGGCUUGACGGUCCUUCCCGAGUAAAAAGGGAUAAACAUCAGACCAUUCUGAACGAUAUUAAGGUCACCGUCAAAGAAUGUCUCCGAUUUGGGCAGAAUGAGAUUCCUGGCCGCGAGAUCGAGGCGGUAGAGUUGCUCAGAGCUCUGGAUGCUUUCUUGGCCCAUGGGUAAGUUAGGUUUUUGGACGGUAAAAGCUUUAAGUUUUAGUUUCAAAGACCCGCCUAAAUGUUAUUGGUUUUAUGUGAAGGAGUUUAUUCCCAAAAGUGCCCAAGCCGAUCUGCAGAUUGAAUGGAGAACUUCAGAUGAAAGGAAGUUGUCCAUAGGAUGGCUAAAGAGCACCUUGAACAAUAAAACACUAUAUUUCGAGUUCUUAUCAUUUGUGGCCCAGCCAAAACUAAUGAAGAAAUAUUAUGAAAAGAAUGCGGCGGUCAGGAACCAGGCCUUGUUGAAGUUGGUGGCCGUGGGGGUGGAGCCGUUGAAUAAUGUGAACUUCAAGUUUCUUGUAGGUUGUUCUGAUGUUUCAUAUUUCGUUUCGUUUAGUCACCAGCGAUGCGGGAGAGCCAGGAAGUUCCAAUUGCACAGUUAUCGUCCCAAGCUCCAAUUAUUCAUGUUCCUAGUUCAACAGCAAUUCAACCCAGAUCUAUUCCGAGAAGGCGUCUUGAUCGUCCGGGAGUUAUACUCUCGGCUUCCGUUCAUGCUGCCGAUUCGAGUGCCUCGUUCAGAGUGGGUUCUUUUGAUCAUCCUGGACCAAGGGAAGAUCGAGAAGAAGAAGAUGAGGAUCUUCCUAGAGUUGAGGUACCACAAACGGCAAACGAGCCGUUUCUUUCCACUACAAGAGAUCAGGUAAAAAAAUAUUUUAUUUUUAAAAUAAUUAUGAAGUAUAAAGUAGCUGAAGUUUUCUAGGAGUAUAUUCUGGACGCAAUGGUCAAGAAUCAUCGAACGAGGAUACAGUCGUCGGCCAGAUUUGAGGUUUGAGUUUUUUACAUUGCUUAUGUUUCUUUCUUUUAGACGGAUUCAGAUGAAGCUCAUAGUGAAGAGGAAGUGGUAAGGAAGAUGUCCUCAUCCCCAUCCAAGCUAAGUCGUCGACGAUCUCAAAGAAAUCGCGAAAGGAGUGUCGAUGUCGCUAUUCCAUCUUCUCCAUCGUCUUCUACUUCUUCUGGAAUUAAACGAGAUAUUCGUUCAUCAAAGAGUAAUGAUGAAGAGGGAAAAGUAGAGGUUGAAGCUGGCGAAGAUGAUGUUAAGUCAGAAGAACUUCAAGAAACAAAGGAGGAAGGGAAGGAAGCGGAGGAGGAAAAUGUUCUAUCCGAGGAAGUGAAGGCGGAAUCGUUAAGAGAAGCGAUUCCGGACGAGCCAAUCGAAGGCAACUUGCAGUAAGACCUCUUUAUUCGAUUUUUUGUUGAUUUAGAUGUGACGUUUAUUUCAUCCUUUGUAGAUUGAUAUCCGGAGAGAUUGUUUCUUUGGCGAUGGAAGUUUUCCAUCAGGAUUCGGAGAGAUAUCAAGCCAUGUAUUCCGUUUAUAUAAAUCACUCUGUUGGAGAACCUCAACAUCGAUUUCUUCUAGUCACGGACCAGUGUAUCUACUUAUUGAAGGCCGAGAUUGAAAACGAAAAAGGACAAGAUCAAUUCUAUUCUUCUUCGUUAAACUUUGCUGCCUCCAGAUUUGAUUCCUCUAGAUCCAUAGAGAAUAUGUCACCGGUCAGGAAUCUAAGCGAGUCAAAUCAUCUUGAGGGUUCAAACCAUGAUGGAGUUAAAGUGGGGUUUUAUUAUAUUUUAUUAUUCUUAUUUUUAGUAUACCUAUCGAACAGAGACGUAUCUUUCCCUUAAAUAUCUCGAUUGUAUAAGUGUUGGAUUGAAUGCCCAAACCCUGUGUUUCCAUUCGACCAGCAAGCAGAUUUUCUUCAGCAACCCCAAAAGAAGGGAAAAACAGUUUCAAGUGGAAACGGCCAGUCAAAAGUUGGGCGAGCUGAUUGUAUUCAAGCUGAGUGCCAUCAUCAAGGCAAAGUUUAAUCACUCGAUGGCCAUUGACAGAAAUCAGAACACGUUUUCUUCAAUUAUCCUUCACAAUUUUGUCAGAAAAGAGCUUGGAUUGGUAAGAAAUUUAGUUUCUUGAGGUAUUUUGUGUUAUUGUAGCCACAAGUGGAGAUCAAGCAAGCAAAUUUAAUAUACUGGCUGCAGUCUUUGAAAGAAACCGAUACCUCAGCCGAAACCAUGGAAAGUUAUCUUUAUGCCAGAAAUGUUUAUCCAAAUGCAUGGAGAAAAAAGACUGACGAAUGGGUGCAAUCUUACUUUAUCUUAAGGUAUGUUCAUUUUAAUAUUCGAAGUUUGCUUUGUUCCUAUCGGAUAUUUUUUUUAUUACAGAGAGCACAUGUUGUACCAAUUUACGGACUCAACUUGCAAGGAAGCAAUAGCUUCCGUUGAUCUUAGACAGAAAGUUGAACUUGUUGAACAAGUUUUAUUGAAAAAUGAUGAGAAUUUUGUAUUUCAAAUUACAUUAAUUGAAGAACCAUUCAUCCAAUUUUCCUUCGAGACCAUGGAUGAGAUGAACAAAUGGCUAUCGGCCAUCACAAUGGCAGUCAGCUCUUCUCAUGCAAGUUUAUUUUGGUUUAAUCAUAUAUUACAUAUUUAGGCCUCUGAAUUGGAUGCGGUAGCUUGUUUACUCGUGGCCACUGACGCCACUCUGCUUUUUGUCCAAGAAGGAGCCAACUUCUUAGUCGACGGCUUCGUCCGAUGUCUCCACAAGAUGUCUAUCUGUGAUAUUCAUGCCAUUUCCUCGGCCAAAACGCCAUCCCAUCGAAUCUUGGCCAUCCAACGGGAAUCUGGAAAUUCUGAAUGGCUCUUCUUUAGGAAUGACUCCGAAUUACAUAACUUUAUAAAUUUCGUGCUAAACGAAUGGGGUAUGCAGAUCGAAGAACACGGCGAGGGUUGGAUGGAAACGGAUAGCGUCCAUGGGAAGAUCUAUCGCCAAUGCCAGCAUCGAAUAGACUUCUUUUGA